CCCCGCCUCGGGCCUUGGGAGCAGCCCGAUCAUGGCGGAGGUGGGCCGGGUGGCGGUGCGCGACCCUGGCGCGCUGCUCCCGGGGGGCUUCUGGGCCGCCGUGGCCGUGUGGCUGGAGAGGCCCCAGGUGGCCAACAAGCGGUUGUGUGGCGCCCGCUUGGAGGCCCGCCGGAGCGCUGCCCUGCCGCGCUCUGAGGCCCGCGGCCCCUGGCCGAGCGCAGUUCCCGGGCCCGAGGAGCGAGGAGCGGGACCCGGACCCGGCCAGGGGCCCCACGAGGGCAGCCCGAGCCCCGGACCGCGAGCAGUACCCGCGCAGGGCACGGCGGGGCGCGGGCCCGGGGAGGCCGAGGGUCGGCGCCAGCAAGGCGAGGAGCCGAGGGACCCCGGGCAGCCGAGCAGGGCUGGGGUCGGGGAGGCCGGCUUCCCUGCCUCGGAGCUGGAUUCUCUCUGGGGAGAUUUCUCCCGAAGCCUCGUCACCAGCAAUGGGGAGAUGCUGGCUUUCCUCGCCCGCUCCGAGUCCGCACCGCAGGAAGACGCGCCGCGCGACCUCGACGUAGUUCUCAGAACCAUCAUCCCGAAAACGACCCCCCAGGGCCAGCUCACUGCUCCGAGGAGAGAAAUGGUCGUGCGAGAUGUUUUCGGUGGAACCCUCACUUUCUUACCUUUGGAAGAAGACGCCGAAGGGAAUUUAAAAGUUAAGAUCAGCAACGUAUAUCAAAUUCAGCUCAGUCGUGGCCGGCAGGAGUGGUUCAUAUCUGUUUUAAUUUUCUGUCCAGAAAGAUGGCAUUCUGAUGGAAUUGUCUAUCCUAAACCCAUCUGGCUUGGAAAAGAGCUCCUGGCCAGGUUGGCCAAGUGGUCUGUCGAGAACAAGAAGAGCAAGUUUACAAGUACUCUGUCCCUAGUUUCUGUUGUGAAGUACAGCAAGCUCUACCAGGAACUGAAAGAGAAGUAUAAAGAGAUGGUUAAGGUGUGGCCUGAAGUGACCGACCCUGAAAAGUUUGUGUAUGAAGAUGUGGCCAUCGCCACAUACCUGCUGAUCCUGUGGGAAGAAGAGCGAGCUGAGUGGGGAGUGACCAAGAAGCAGUCGUUCGUGGACCUGGGCUGCGGGAAUGGCCUCCUGGUGCACAUCCUUUGCCGUGCCGGGCAUCCAGGCAGAGGGAUUGAUGUCCGAAGAAGAAGGAUAUGGGCCAUGUUUGGACCAGAGACACAGCUGGAGGAAGGUGCAGUCACACCCGAGGAUAAGAGCCUCUUUCCUGAUGUGGACUGGUUAAUCGGUAACCAUUCUGAUGAACUCACGCCGUGGAUACCUGUCAUCGCAGCCAGGUCGUCCUACCAUUGCCGUUUCUUUGUCCUUCCCUGCUGCUUCUUUGACUUCGUUGGGAAAUACCCCCGGCGGCAGAGCCAGAAGACGCAGUAUCGCGAGUACCUGGAUUUCAUUAAGGAAGUGGGGCUGACCUGCGGCUUUCACGUAGAGGAAGACUGCCUUCGGAUUCCUUCAACCAAAAGAGUUUGCCUCGUGGGGAUGUCCCGGACGUACCCACCCGAUGCAGAAAUUUCCCUCAACGAGAAGAGGACUCGGUACAUUCAUAGUCGGCGGCGACCUGGGGGCCCACUGCCCAAGGAACUUUCUCAUCCUCCACCCAAGGGACAGGACUGGACUGGCCCCCGGCAUGGCCCCCGAGCCCAGGAAUCUGGGCCUGAGCCCGGGCCUGCAGCACGAGGGGCAGGGGCCCAGGCAGAGGGGCUCUGGCUGUCGGGGUUCCAGCCCCGAGAGACAGUGGAGCGCGUGAGGAACUGUUCUGCUCUCCCUCGUGACUUCAUCGACCGCGUGGUUCUGCAGGUGGCCCGCCUGCUGUUGGGCAGGAAGCAGCCAAGCACAGGAGGGGAUUCUCAGGACACCAGCGUGAAGCCCUGGAACCCAGGAGGAAGCCUCUCCUUAGCCGAAGUCGCCAGCGAGAUGGACAAGGAGACGCUGCAGAGACUGAAGAGGGAGUGCGGGGGCCUGCAGACGCUGCUCCGGAACCGCCACCAGGUGUUCUCAGUUUUGAACGGGCGCGUCUGCCUCCGCGACUGGAGAGAGGAGCAGCUGCAGAGGAAGACACGGCCAGAGCUCAGGCGGGGGCCUGGUACUGAGGCCUUCAAGACCCGACCCUGCUGGUUCUUCAUGCACCACCCCGACGGCUGCGCCCUGCCUGCUGCUAGCUGCCCAUUCGCGCACGGGCCUGGGGAGCUGCAACCCGCCCAGAGCACAAGGAGGGCCCAGCAGCUGCUGCAGCCUGUGGCCACCACGCCUGUCGAGGCCUGACUGUGGCCAAGAGAAGAGACUGAGCAGCCUUCCAGUGGCCACAGUCCCCAGUUGUUUUCCCUGUGUGCUAGGACCCAUUCUAAGCAUUUCAUGUCACUGACAUGUGAGGUGUCUCCACUUUACAGAUGAUGACACUGAGGCACCGCGAUCACUGUCACUUGUCCAAGGUGGCCCACACUCCUGCCCUUCCUCAUCUUCCUUUCCCUGGAUGGCCUGGCCUUGGGACAGUGGGGAAGACUGAACUUGGAAUGGCUCAGAACAGGGUCGGCACUUUCAUUUCAUUUCUCACGGAAUAAAGCUUCACGUCUGU